CUUGAGGCCCAUCAUUAACAUUAUUCUUUUUUCUAGACUCCUUUUGUUUCCAGUCCAUUAUCACUUCCUUGGACCGAUUCCAAGAUGACGGAAUCAUUGGGAUCCAAACCCUAAUGCCUCUACUUACUAUGCCGCUCCCGCCGCUCCCUUUCUUUUGUUCUCUCUCUGCAACAAUGAAGUUUUGGGGUUUGGAGGUUAAAAACGGUGAAUCACAUGAUGUGAUCCUUGGGAAAGGCAAUAUUUUGAAACUUUCACUGGCUUCCCUUGGAGAAAUUAAGGAGGAGAUAGAGGAAUCCGUUUCUUUGAACAUCAUCGCUGAUCGGAAAAAGAUUGUAGUAGGAACCCUUCACUCUAAGAGGCAGCCACAACAAUCAUUUCAGUACUUGUUUAGCGAAGACUUUCGGAUCUCUCACGACCGGAAACAUGGCAGUGUUUACUUCUAUGGAAUCAAAUUAGAAAGUUAGACCCUCCCAACUACGCAUAUGAUAGUUUGGCUAUAUUUUUUCUUUCAGUCUCCAUCUUUCUGAACUGUCUUCGAUUAGUGUUUGUUAGGUGUUAGUUUCUUUUUGAUUUGGACUUACUAUUAGCAACAGUUUGG